AUGCCAAGAAAUACUCUUGACACUGCCCCUGAUCAAGUCGACAUUGAUAAUGACGUUGAUUCUGUUCCGCAUGAGCGCGAUACUCCAGAAUCGAUAGUUACUACUUCAAGCUCCGGAGGAAACGAUGAGCAUAACCUACAAGAAACUAAGACUUCUAAACGUGCAGUUGGAAAGAAACGCCGCAGGUCUCCAGCUUUGGAGCUUUUAGAAGAGAAUGUUGCACAGGGUAUCGCUGUAUCUGAAACAUCAGAACCUAAUCCAAAGAAGAGGGUGUUGCCGCCCCGCAAGGUUGGGACACUUGCAAGUGUUCUUGCGGACGAAGUUGCAGCAGAUCAAGCUGCUCUGUUAGCGCCUCUUAUAUCAGGCGAAACAACGAUUUUGCUGACUUCUGAUGAAAGCCUCUUAGAAACUUGUGAUGUUAUAGAGGACAAUGAGGAUGAGGAAUUAAUUAAGACCAAUAAUAUUGAUGAUAAGGAAAUUUCUGUACCAUCAUUUAGAGUUGUUAAUGGAGAUAUAAGCGGGUUACGGAGUAAGGCUCAAGAAGAAGAUAUAUCUGAUGCGGCGUAUGAAAAGCGUCAUCGUAAGCAUGAGCUAGCCGAAAAGAAACUUAGAAAUCGUGAGCGCGAAAAGUUGGCAUAUGAGAGAUACCAACAACAAUUAGCCGUUGAAAAGUUGCGCAAUACCGAUUCAAAAAGUUUAAUAUCGGUUGCUGCUCUGCGAAAUAAGGAUGCAACAAAUGACGCGAGUAAGCUGCAGAUAGCACAUCAAAAAUUGCUCAAAGAGGCUGAAGAUACGUUAGCCAUAUAUGAUUCAUUUGGCUUAGGUGGAAAAAAGCGGAAAGUGGAUGCGACUAUCAAUGAAGGAGAGGGCAAGGCCCCGGAAGAACCUGAGAUGAAAAGAACACGACUUCGGGGGUCAAAAAGUACUUUGAUUACAAAUUCUGAUGAUGUCCCGCCCAAACCUAAGGAGGAAACAUCGACACGAAUUACCCGAAGUCGAAAGAAGAAAAACGAUGAACUUGCUUCAAAAGCGUCUACGAUAACAAAAAAACCUGCCAAAACACCACUAAAAGGAAAAAAAGCACAAAAUUCCAUGUUUCCUUCUACGACAGCAAUGUCAGCCGUGGCGCCAAUACUUUCAACUGCCGACCGUGUAACAAGUUUUGUUAGACCACGUACAGGAAUGGCAUCGGGCUCACGCAAGAGCACACGCUCUGCUUUUGCAUUCGGUGAACGUGUUCCAACCAGACUGAUGAGUAAAAAAGAUUUCGUUUUGCCCGAUGCUGUUUUUGGAGAACUGAUUAACCAGCGUGAACAAUUGCGAACACUUGAAAUUCAAGAUCAACGUCUUCAAUCAGAAGAAUAUAAAAUAUCUUCUGAAAGCAGUCGUGUCAAAUAA